AUGACACCACGACCACUUCCCGGCAAGAGACGCAGUGACUCGGGCGAGAGCAGCCGCGCCCCGAAGAAGGGCAAGGAGCCCAGCUACACCACCUUUGACGAGUGCAUGGACGGCGGCGUUGAGGCCGAGGAGCGCGGCGAGCGCUACCGCGACGGCGAGAAGGCACAGCGUUCAUACGAGAAGGCUGCCGAACUCUACGCACAGGCCCUGGCAAUGGACGAAUCUUCUUUCGACGCGGCAUACAACCUUGGUCGGGUAAUGUACCGCCUUGCGAGCGAGUUCUACCUUCCCCCAUCAAGUUUGGACGUUUGGAGCGGCUCUAUGAUGCUCUUCAAGCGUGCGCUUCAGGCGAGUGAGGACCCCAGUAACAAGAACGACGCGGCUUUCAACCUCGCCGAGACGUUCCACUCCCUCGCGGACGUGGUUGAGGAGUACCAGGGCGAGAGGGCACGGCAGCAGGCCAUGGAACUGCGCGAGAAUGCCGCAAAGCUCAUUUCGCCGGUUGUCAACGCCAACUUUAUGUUCGCCAUGGCGAACCAGGAUGUCAAGGAUGCCGAUGCGGCCAGCGAGGCGGCUGGAGAGGGGAUGGAUGUCGAUGUCAAGUCGGCCAACAAAGACGACGACAUGGCUGUUGACGCCGCACCUGCCGCUCCGGAAGAGGAGGGGCUCAAGCCGGCCGGUUCGACGCCGACGGGCGACUCGCUCGCCGACGCAGUUCUCCUCAUGGCCGACAUUGGGAUUACCCUGUGGAACUAUUUCUCCCCGCCACAGAUGCCACCCGACAGUCAGCAGGAGGCGAUUGGGGGCAUCCUCGAGACGGCGCGCCAGUUUGUCCCCCCUACUCGCCAGGCUGAGAUCGACCUCAUGGAGGCCAAGAUGCUCCUCCAGCUCGACAGCAACAUGUGGGACAUGGUCAAGUCGCAGGUGACUCCCGGUAGUGGGCUCGACAUGACUCUUGACAAGGCAGCCGGGGCGAUCAACCGGAUCCUCACCUCACUUGACGACUCGCCUUCCGACGACAGCAGUACGCGCGCCGACAUCCUCACGACACUGGCCGACACGGAGAUGAACGCGGCCUCGCGGCUGAUGACGCUCCUCCCGCGCACGCAGGACAAGGCUCCCUUCGGCGCGCGCGCGUGGUCUCAGCUCUCGUCCGCCGCAAGCCACCUCACCCAGGCCGCCGGGCUGCCCGUGACGGCAUCGACGCCGAGGGAGUUUAAGCUCAACGUCUACCUGGGUCUUAUGCGGAGUACGCUCCUGCGCGCCCGCCUCGCACCCAUCAACGGGAUCGCAUCUUCCAACGCCCCGAAGCUGCUCGACAACGUCGCUGCGUAUGCGGCCAAGGCGUCUGAAGCGGCGGGAUGGAAGCUUGCAAAGCUUCCGCGGUCAAACGACCCCCAGCCAAACCCAUUCUUCACCGAGCCGCUCGUCCCUCCCUUCCCAAUGGGAUGGGACAUGGAGAUGCUCACGCGCGACAUCCAGCUCUUCAUGCUUCGGGUUGUCUUCUUUGUGAGCACAGGUAUGUUCGACGCAGCCGACGUCGACAAGGACAACUACGAGUCUGCCGGUAAGGCUAUCGUGGAGGGCAUCCAGAGUGUCAAGAACGGGCCGCGUCGGCUUAUGCCUCGCGACCUCGCGCGCUUCCUGUCCGACAUUGAGGAGGAAGAGGGAGAGCUUAGUGACGAGGAGGCCGCGUUCUGGGCGAAGAUUAAGGCGCGUAUCGAGGCAGGCGUGCCGCCAGAGGAGCACCGCGAGCACGAGCAGCAGGAGUUUGCACCGGCUGUCGCCGAGGCUAUCAAGAACUCGGCGGGUGAGGGCGAGGUGACGACAGCAGCUGCUCCGGAGCCGAGCUCGUAG